AUGGACCCUCCUCGGAGGACGGGCCCCGUCUCCCCUAGUUGCGAACCUCGACCCAAACGCCUGAAGAUUGACGUGGCCUGCGAGACCUGUCGUGCCAAGAAGGUCAAGUGUGAUGGCGUGCGGCCCUCUUGCGGCUAUUGCUCCAGGAAGCUGAGCCUUCGUGACAACUGCCGUUACAGCAACGAUGUGAGCUCUGAGGCAGACCCGAAGAAGAGUACCCCCAGACGCGACAGCCACCUCCUGCAGCCAUCGUCAAGCAGCCCGUACCGUCCAGCCAGGGCCCCGAAUGGCAGAGCCUCAGGAACGCUUUACCUCCCCCCCAUCCAGCCCUUGUUAACUCCCAGGGUACCACCCCCGAUGAAGCCACCCUCGCAGGGCACCCACUCGCCGACAGGAUCGACCACCCCCGGGAGUCGAGCCGGAGCGGAUCCCAGGGAGCCUAGACCCCAUCCGCGUCCCGGCCCCGCCACCAUCACCACCAGCCCCUCUGUCAUUGACUCGAUGACGGCCGUCGUCGACGAGGGCACCAGCACCCGCGAGUUCUUCGGCAGCAGCAGCGCCGGCUCCUUCACCGCACAGAUCAAGAGGGCAAUCGACGCCCGCCUGGGCAAGGCCAACGGCGGGCCCUCUCGUCAAGCCGCGCCGUCUCGCUCUUCCCUCUCCAUGAUGUCGACCCACUCGGCCAAACACCCGGCCUCAGACGUGUCCUAUGUGUUGCCGCCUCGCCGGCAGGCCGAUCACCUCAUGGAUCUCUACUGGUUCUACGUCGACCCCCUCUACCCGUUCCUCAACAGACAGCGCUGGAACCAGACCUACAAUGCCAUCUUUGCCGGUGGCGCCAUUGACGCCGAUGAGCGCAUCUUCAUGGCCUCGCUCAACGUCAUCUUUGCCCUCUCCACACAGCUUCUCGAGGCCUCGACGCCGGAACAGAGGGAAGAGCAGAGCUCCGUCUACUUCCAGAGAGCGCAGGCCCUACUGCCGAUGAACCCCUGGGAUGCGGGGUCCAUCGACCUUGUCCAGUGUUUACUCCUCACGAGCCAGUACCUGCAGAGCACUGAUCACCCGCACCAGACCUGGAUGGUCGUCGGGUCGGCCAUCCGGACGGCACAGGGCCUCGGCCUGCACCUGCCGGAGACGUCUGGCGAUCGGACUGAUCUGGGCGAGCGAGAGCUCCUGCGGCGCAUUUGGUAUGGCUGCGUGCUGAUGGACCGCAUGGUCUCUGUGACCCACGGCCGGCCUGCCAUGAUCUCUGGCCAUCUAGCCACAACAGUGCCUCUACCCAUGUCUUCUGCAUCGUCUGUCAAUGGAACAGAGGCUGCUUUGAGUGGUGGGGCAGUCCAUGCCGCCUUCUUCGUCAAGUCGGUCCAGCUCUACGAGAUUAUUCAUCGGACCAUCAUUGCAUUUUAUGGAGGGACCAUGGGAUGUUCCAAAAGCAAACAGUCCCAGGGCUCAGACUCUGGGAGCUCCGACGGAGACGACGACGACUUUGACAAGGUCGUGCAGCUGGACAGGUCACUGAGCCACUGGGAACAGCGUCUGCCAGUGCACCUGAGGUGGACUUCGCUGGUAGACACGGCCGACGAGGUCUCGCGGCGGCAAACUGUCAUUCUGCGCAUGCGCUUCUUGCAUGCUCGGAUUCUCCUCCUCAGACCCGUCCUGUCGCGCUUCUGUCUCGCCCCGCCGACGCGUGCCGUCACAUUCGGCCUCACCGAUAGCCUCCAAGCACGCGUCGUCGAACAAGGCGCUCUCUUUUGCGUGUCGACUGCCCAGAACAUGAUAGCCGUGCUGCUGGAGCAUCAGACCUCGGACAACACCAUCGGCCUGCUGCCCGCCUGGUGGUACCGGGUCUACUACGUGUACUCAGCUGCGACGGUGCUGAUUGCCGCCAAGCUGCGACCCGAGAUCUUCCCUGCCGUUGAAAUUGGGCGCUCUUGGAGUCAGGCCAUGGCGGUGCUCAAGUCGCACGAGCGUUUCGGUCAGUCAGCGCGAAGAUGCGUUGCUGCUCUACACAUUUUAUCAUCCAAAAUGCUCGAGGCAGCGCCGGGAGCUGCACACUCGGGCCUGGCCAGCCGGGGACGGAGUCUGGGCGAAGGCGAGACGGGCGUGCACCCAGAUCUCGACGCUUCUACCCAGCCCAUUCCCGACAUUCAGCAGCAACUGGUCGAUGAGUUCGCACCGCCGCUAGCAGACCUCGGCGAGCUCGAUCUAGCCGAGUUCAAUUUUGACGUGAAUGAUCUUUCAUGGCUCAACGACAUGCACGCCACAUGGGAAUUUCUCAACGAGUGA